AUGUCUAAAAUAAAUGAAGCGCAUUCACAAGUAGAAUUAAAAAUGCAUUGCACAGAAUUAAAGAUCUCAGAUUAUCUAUCAAGGAGUAACGCUCAAGUAUUUUUAUUAAUUAAAGAUCAAAAGACACAAAAUUGGACAAGUUCAUGUUCUACCGAAGUAAUUAAAGGCGAUUCAAAUCCUUAUUUUGUUAAAAGUAUGUUAGUAGAUUAUUACUUUGAAGAAUUACAAGAAUUAAG